CAAGUACCCGUACAUGCGCAUGCGCGGAUGUAUGCCGACACUGACAAACCCUACUCGAUUUUAAGCAGGUGAAGGGUUUGCAGACUGAUGCAUUUGUUAAAGAAUUAAGACAAGAACAGCAUGGUGGUGGUUGUGUCACCAACAGACGUAGCAGAAGGAGAGGACCAGAUCGAUGGACUCGGAUCUGAACCAUCAUCUGGUGCUUCUGGCUCAUCAAAUACAAACUGGAAUCAGAGGAGAACAAAAGAAGAUGAAGGGGAUUUGAAAUUUGAGUUUAAUCGCUUGGAGACAUUCCUGUUCUGGCCCGUGAAUUCGGCCGUCAGUGCUGAGGCUCUUGCACUCGAUGGAUUUUACUUUUUUGGACCAGCUGGCCAGGAUCGGGUCCGUUGUGUGUUCUGUGAGGUGGUUCUCAAAGACUGGGAACCUGGUGAUAUUGUCUCGGACGACCACAAGAAAUUUUCUGUUGGCUGUCCGUUUAAAUGUCAGGCAAAUGUGGGUAAUGUUCCAUUCUAUGGGCCACGUAUCAGUGAAUGGAAUCCUUACAACUACCAAAUGGUAAGCUGGAAGGAAAGAUUGCUAUCUUUUCAACAGUGGCCCAAAGCUUUGGCACAGAAACCGAGGGUGUUAGCAGCUGCAGGAUUCUAUUACAAAGGUCGUGGCGACAUUGUGCAAUGCUUCUGCUGUGGAGGAAUAGUGAAACUUUGGCUAGCCACAGAUGACCCAUGGCUGGAGCACAUGAGACAUUUUCCUACAUGUUUCCAUAUUCAAGAAAACAUUGCUUACCAUAAAAUACCAACAUCUUAUCACAUGAGGCCACCUUCUCCACAACUGCACAGCCAACUAGCACACGCUGCAGCGGCACCAGCCGCCAGGCCUAAAACAUUACAUCGCUCUACGUCAGAGAUUGCCCUGGAUAUGGGAUACAGACGUGACCUCAUAACAAUAUAUAGGCAGUAUCUUGGGAAGCAUGGCAGCCAUGAAGCAGAGGACCCUAACCAGUUCAUCCUUGAUCUGGAAAGAUUCAAAGUUCAGCCAGAAACACAGCCACCGGGAGAAUACACAACUGAUUGUCCCGGUCCACUAUCACCAUUAGAUAAAAAGAAACGUGUGGAGAGUGUGUCCUCAUUCUGUUCUGUAUGCAGCAGUCCUGACGAACCAGAUUGUUGCUAUGUUACGCUGAACUGUGGUCAUCAUACUUGCUGUGAACAGAAUGCUCUGAACUGCGAGACAUGCACAGAAUGUAAAGGGAAAGUGAAGGCUUGCCUCACAGUCCCGAUGAAAACAGCCGAACGACCUUACAGCUGGAAUCCUCCUAACGAAUCAGCUUCUGGGAACAGCCAUGAUGCUGUAUUCUAUUAAAUUAUAAGUUCAAAGUUUUUGCAGAAAUGUAGAAUUGAGUAAUUUUUAUUUGGUGCAAUUUUUAUGUUAUAUGGAAUUCUAGUUGUGCAGAGUUGAAUAUGUAAUUUGGAAAUUAGUUUUGCUGUAGUGUUAACUUUCCAUUUUCUAUCAAGUUCCUGAAAAAAAUCACAGGAAAAAACCCACUAAAAUUAUUCAAACAACACCAUCGGGGGUAAAAGAUCCUGAAAUAUGAAAUUUGGGUAAGGGAGAAGAUGGGGAUUGACGGUUGAGGGGCCUACUUGCAUAUUAAGUCUAUCAAUUUAACUUGUAAUUUGAAAAUAUGUACAACAUCAUUUACUUUACGAGAAAAAUCACUGAAUCAAGUAAAAAUAAUACAGUACAUCGUAAAAAGAUAUAAUUCUUGUAUUUAAGAAAAACAAUGAAAGGUAUUAAUAAGUAAGGAAAAAUGAAUCAUGCAUCUAAAUCAAUAAAUCAUGCACAAAUCAAUAAAUCAUGCAUAAAUCAAUAAAUCAUGCAUAAAUCAUUUGUUUGGUUCGUUAAAACACUUAGCAAAAUCAUGCAGUUAUUUAAAUCUAAUUUAAGUCAAUUACGAAAACAUUGCUGACAAAGUAAAUAUUUUGUCUACACAUCUAGUUUGAUUAAUUCAGUCGAUAGGAUAUACAAAAUUUUAUUUUAAGGAUUGGGAGAAGCAUCUGCUACCCUAAAAGCCUCCCCUACUGUCCCCUUUCCCACUCUUAACAUGAAUUAUGAGAGAGGAUGAGAAAUCAGUAAGCCAUAUAUAUCAAUACUUAACUAUUUAAGAGUUUCCGGGGCGGGGGGGAUUCUCUUUCGGAAUCAAGAGAUCUAGAGGACAUAAUCACCAAGCCAAUAGAUUUGGAAACCUAGGGGUAGGAAAGAGUGGGAGAGGAUAAGCUAGCCAAAAGUUUCUUCCUCAAAGGAAAAUGAAAAAGAUAAGAAAAAAGAAAUUGAAACAUAAAGGUGUUGAGGAGGGGAAAGAUUAGCAAUUAAAAGUUUCCCCUAGAAUAGGAUGAUAAUACAGUGAAACCUCGUUAUACUGCCACCAUUUACUUUAUCCACAGAAAGUUGGUGUUAUAAAGGGGUUUGGCGUAUCCACAGAAAGCUGGUGUUAUAAAGGGGUUGGGCUUUCCACAGAAAGUUGGUGGUAUAAAGGGGUUUGGCGUAUCCACAGAAAGUUGGUGUUAUAAAGGGGUUUGGCCUAAAUUGAGGAAAAUGUAUAAGGGAAUUCUUUAGAAAAUGAGAUAAAAAGAAACCUUGAAAUAUGUUGAUGAUAAGCGAGGGGGCAAAUGAAAUGAGGGGCAUUAUAUCGAGGUUUUGCUGUAAUAUAUCAAACAUAUUCAUUGGACGAAAAGUUAUCAUAUAGGGAAUUUUAUGUGCAUAUGUGAAUAUAUAUAUGGGGCAAAGAAGUAAUUCCAACAGUGUGGACAAGUUUAGGUUGUAAAAUUUUC